AUGCCGUUCAAAAACACCUACCAGUCCGGCUUUCUGUCCAUCCUCUACUCGAUCGGCUCAAAGCCGCUUCAGAUCUGGGACAAGAAGGUGCGCAAUGGUCACAUCAAGCGCCUCACGGAUUCUGACAUCCAGUCCAGCGUGCUGGAGAUCAUGGGCACCAAUGUGAGCACGACCUACAUCACCUGCCCCGCCGACCCCUCCAAGACCCUGGGGAUCAAGUUGCCCUUCCUGGUGAUGAUCAUCAAAAACCUCAAGAAGUACUUCACCUUCGAGGCACUCGACAUCUCAGGGGUUGGAAUCAGCGCCUUGUUCGCCAGCACGGCUUUGUCCUGUCUCAGCUUUGUCACGAACUGUGCGCACACGCACGGUGCACAUGGAAACUGUCUCGAGGCCACGCUGGGUGACAUGAAGGCCUUGUGGCGCGAGCUUGCGGCCCUCCAGGCGCAUACGGCUGAUGCCAAGGAGCUCGAGGCCAAGAUCACCUCAAAGCAGGAUGAAGCACUGAGUCUGCUGACUGCAGAGGUCACUCGGUGGAGGCAAGAUGUCUCCGGGCAGUUCCUGGCAACGGAGCAGAACGUAGAUGGCGUGCGGCAGGAGGUGAUGAACCGUUUGGCCUCGCUUCCCAAGCCGCCCCCCUGCACAUGCCAAGCCGAGCUCCAGCCGCUAAAGCGGCAGCUGGAGGUUGUUCAGAGCCUUCUUAUGGCGUACCGGGAAGCCUUGUCGGAAAUGACGACGAGGCUCCGAGGGACGCUGGACAAGACGGAGCCAGGGUCCACGAACCCCAGCAGUCCCCGUAGCGGGCGCUGGGCCGCAAAGCAAAGUCUUGCGGCGAGUGCGAGGCGCCAUGCAUCCGUCGACCGCAUGUGGCAGCCAGGCAGUCAAGGACUGAAGAAGCUCGUGGAGGGUGCUCUUCAAAGUGUGGAGGAACUGCACAGCCGCGUCAGGGACUCCUCCACCGCGGGCGACCUCGCGGAGCUGAGAAGGCAGUUCGACAUCCUCCAGGGAGAGACGCUGCUCAGCUUUCACCAACUCCAGCAAGCCGUCGCGGACCUGAACUGUACUGCAUCCACGAAGCCACCAGAGGAACUCCCGGCCAAAGACUGCCGGGAGCAGCUUGGCGAUGUGAUGCCCAGAGGCGUCUCCGAUCCAAGAUGCACAGAAAUAGCCCAAAACCUCAGUGCCCUCGCAGCAAAGCUGGAACGGCUUGAGACCGACAUUCUCCGCACCCUCACAGCGAAGCUGGAGCGAGUGGAGGCGGAAGCCUUACCCGACUUGGCGAGGAAAGUGGAGGAGCUCCAGGUCUUGCAAGAGCAGCAGAAGGCGACGGCAGCCACGCAGGAGCAGGAGAAAGCGGAUGACUUUGCUGCAGAAGAGGCGAAGACAACAGCAGUGGAACUGCAGGGCAGAGCGAUCGACGAGCUGCGAGAAGGACUUGCUCGACUUGAGGCUUUGCAGAAACAGCAGCAGCAGGCGACGCCGGCAACGCAGGAGCAGAAGAAAGCGGGCGACUUCGCGGAAGAAGAGGCCAAGACAACGGUGGUGGAACUGCAGGGCAGAGCGAUCGACGAGCUGCGAGAAGGACUGGCUCGACUCGAGGCGCAGCCCCAACAGCUCUUGCAGCCUCUGUCGUCCACCCUCGAGCGAUGGGAGGCCGAGCUUCCGGCCAUGUCCUUGCAGCUUGGGAAGCUCCAGGCCACUGUUCAACCACUCAGCGCACGCCUAGAGCAAAUGGAGGCGACGUCGCUGCAGCUGACGCAGAAGGUUGAGGCGGGGGCGGAGGCGGAGGAGCCGGCCGAGCAAGAGGUACCCAGCAAAUCGCUGUCCGAGCAACUGGCGCGGUUGGAGGCCUCUCAGCAGGAGCAUGAAAAGGCCAUUGAGGCCAGCUCGCAGGCAAGAGCAGCGGAGGUCGAACUGCAGGGCAGAUCGAUCGAUGAGCUGCGAGAAGGACUUGCUCGACUGGAGGCAGUCGAGGAGAGGCGUGUGGUGGCGGUGAAGGAAAAUGCGUCCGAGAAGGAUGCGCUGCUGGAGGCGUUCCAGGAGAAGCUCCAAACGGCGCUGGCCGAAGCCUUGCAGGAGAGGGAGAUCCAACAUGCAGCCGCCCGGGAGGCCAUGAAGCAAGAGCUGGACGCGGCAAUGGCUUCCGUGGCGCAGGCAGAGCUGCUUGACGCCCUUUCCACCAGAGUCGAUGGUUUGGAGGCCAAGGGGCAACCGGAUGCGAACUCGGCAGAACUCCAAGCAGAGCUGGCCGAGAUGAAGAAGGGCCUGCAGGCCCUGGACGACCAGACGCAUGAACUCACAGUGAGCUACAGCCAGCUCAGGGAAAUUCUUGGAGAGGCUCCCGAGGGCCCGGCCGCCAGCAUGUCCAAAGAACUCCAGGGCCUUCGCGCUGCGAUUGACGUGCUGUCGGCUUCGGAGACCGAGUCGAAGUCCUCCUUCAAGGAGACCGUGGAAAGAAUCGACGGCGAUGUGGCACGUUUGUUUGCCCGCCUGGAAGAUGCCGAGUCGGCCCUCACCCAAUGUGACCCGGAAGCAAUGGGCGCACCGGCGGCCGCCGAUGUCGUAGCCCUCCAAGAGGCGGUCGAACCUCUGAAGAGGCGCCUCGCCGAUGCCGAGAGGUCCCUCGGAAGCCUCGAGCAGAGGACCCCUGAUGAUGUGCCGGAAAGGCUUGUGAGCCUGGACUAUGGCCUCCUCGCGUUGAAGGAGGAGGUCCGCGUUCUCGGGCCGUCGCUGAAGGCUGGCACGGACGGAAUUGGCAAAGACGUCGAGGCCCUGAGGUCUGCGCUGGACGAGGUGUCGGCAGAGGUGUCCGCACUGCGAACGGUGCAGACCAUCUCAGAAACGCCUGGCAUGGAGGAAGGCUUGGAAGAGCUGCAGAAGGGCCAAGCUGAGACCAUGACGCAGCUGGAGGGCCUUCAACGCCAGCUCGCCGAGCUCGUAGGCCAGGGCCCGACUGACCCUGCGUCAGAAGGCCCAGAAGCACACUUCCUGCAGCGGGUGCCGGCAGCACUGCAGAAUCUGCAGGAGUCCAUGUGUGGCAUCAAGGAGGAGCUCCUGCAGGUGCAGCAGCGGCUUGCUGGCGGAGGCGUUCACCAGCCGUUUAGCGAAGACGUCAGUCCAGCGAGCCGCGGCCAGCAGGUGGCGGAUGCGGGGGCCAGGCGCUCCCGAGGCCCCUGGCCGCUGGAGAAGCUGAGCCUCCCCAGAAGCCACGAGGUGGACGAGGCUGACUACGGCAGCCGCACACCGAAGGCUGCAGAAGUGGCGCACCUAGCCGAGGAGCUCGGAAAGGCUCGCAGUGCCACGCUGCAGCAGACACAGCUGGAGGUGCACCUGUCUGAGGCGGUCUUAGCUCUUGAGAACCAGUUGAGCGGCGUCACCCUCCGCCUGGACGACACCGAAGCCCGGCUUUGCGAGGCAGAGCUGAGCUUGGAUGCAGUGAGCCGUGGCGGCGUCGCCUUGCGGCUCAGGCUCGAGCAACUCCAAAGCUCUGUGGAGCUGCGCCUGACGUCCUUGACAGCCGACCUGGCAGAUGAGGCACCCCGAAAGGGCACGGAGCAAGGCCUGUCGCUUUCCAAGGGCCCACCUCUGACAUCGAGGCGGGACCGGGCGAAGGCUGAGGCGACCGUGCAGGAGCUGUGGGGCAAAGUGCGGCGGAGCUGA